AAUUUAUGUUUUAGCAUUAGGUACAAGGGACCUUUUAAAUAUUUUUUCUUUUUAAUUUUUGUUUUCUUUCAUGUACAGGGACCUUUUGAGAGUCGAUUGUUUGCCAUGGUUUGUCUUGAGAACGACAAACUUAGAAAACAAAUUGAACUGUUGGAGUCUUGUUGGAAUCUCAGUGGAGAGAAAGAAAGAAUGAAGAAAAAGAAAGAGAAAAAAAAAAGUGAGAAAAAAGAGGCUGAUGGUGGUGAUGGUGUUUGUUUUGCUGAGGAAAAAGAGGAGAAGGAGGAGGAAAAACAGGAGGAAAAACCAGAGGAAAUAGAGGAGGAAAGAGAGGAGGAAAAAGAGGAGGAAAAGAAGGAGGAACGAUGGGCUCUGAUGAUUGUUGAGAAAGAACCUGUUGUGGAUGACAAUGAAGGUGUGACUGAGUUUGAAAACUUGGACCGACUUGUAAACCUUGUAAUCGAGGAUGCUGGUUUGAUGGAGGGAUCGGAUGCUGGUUUGAUGGAGGGAUCGGCUGCUGGUUCGAGGGUGGAGGAGAAACAACAACCCUCCUCAAUGGUGAAGAGGGUUCGGGAGAGGGAAGGGAGGAAGAAGACGACGAAGCCGGUGGAUUUUAUGACCCCUCCGUCAUCCUGUCUGAAGAGGCAGAAGAAAGAAAAAAAAAAAAGCAAGAGCA